AGGCGGACACGUGGCAGAAGAAGCGGCGGCGGCGGCGGCAGCAGCCUGGGCGGCGGCAUCGUCCCUCCCGCUCCUCGGCAGCCCUAGCUCCCUCCUCUCGGCUCCCCCGGCCCCGCUCGCUCGGCCGGGAGCUGCUUCCCGUUCUCCCCGCUCUCCAGCCGCAGGACCGCGCGCCGGGCGCAGAGCACCGCCACCAUGGGGAAGGGGGUUGGACGUGAUAAAUAUGAACCCGCAGCGGUUUCAGAACAAGGCGACAAAAAGAGCAGGAAGGCCAAGAAAGACAGGGAUAUGGAUGAACUGAAGAAAGAAGUUUCUAUGGAUGAUCAUAAACUUAGCCUUGAUGAACUUCAUCGUAAAUAUGGAACAGACUUGAGCCGAGGCUUAACCUCUGCUCGGGCUGCUGAGAUCCUGGCCCGAGAUGGUCCUAAUUCCCUCACACCCCCUCCCACUACUCCUGAAUGGGUCAAAUUCUGCCGGCAACUAUUUGGGGGCUUCUCGAUGUUACUGUGGAUUGGAGCAAUUCUUUGCUUCUUGGCUUAUGGCAUUGAAAGCUUAAGCAUGGAAGAGGGACCUUCAAAUGAUAAUCUGUACCUUGGUGUUGUGCUGUCUGCUGUCGUCAUCAUAACUGGCUGUUUCUCCUACUAUCAAGAAGCUAAAAGUUCAAAGAUUAUGGAUUCUUUCAAAAACAUGGUCCCUCAGCAAGCUCUCGUGAUUCGAAAUGGUGAGAAAAUGAGCAUAAAUGCAGAGGACGUUGUAGUUGGGGAUCUGGUGGAAGUAAAAGGAGGAGACCGAAUCCCUGCUGAUCUCAGAAUCAUAUCUGCAAAUGGCUGCAAGGUGGAUAACUCCUCCCUCACUGGUGAAUCAGAACCCCAAACUAGGUCUCCAGAUUUCACAAAUGAAAAUCCCUUAGAGACCAGAAACAUUGCCUUUUUUUCAACCAAUUGUGUUGAAGGCACUGCUCGUGGCAUUGUUGUGUACACUGGGGACCGCACUGUGAUGGGAAGAAUUGCUACCCUGGCUUCUGGACUAGAAGGAGGCCAGACACCCAUUGCUGCAGAAAUUGAACAUUUUAUCCACAUAAUCACGGGUGUGGCUGUGUUCUUGGGUGUUUCCUUCUUCAUCCUCUCGCUGAUCCUCGAGUACACCUGGCUUGAAGCAGUCAUCUUCCUCAUUGGCAUCAUCGUAGCCAAUGUGCCGGAAGGUUUGCUGGCCACCGUCACGGUGUGUCUGACGCUUACUGCCAAACGCAUGGCAAGGAAGAACUGCUUGGUGAAGAAUUUAGAAGCUGUGGAGACUUUGGGGUCCACAUCUACCAUCUGCUCAGAUAAAACUGGAACUCUGACUCAGAACCGAAUGACAGUGGCCCACAUGUGGUUUGACAAUCAAAUCCAUGAAGCUGAUACAACAGAGAAUCAGAGUGGUGUCUCCUUCGACAAGACCUCAGCUACCUGGCUUGCUCUGUCCAGAAUUGCAGGUCUUUGUAACAGGGCAGUGUUUCAGGCUAACCAGGAAAAUGUACCUAUUCUUAAGCGGGCAGUUGCAGGAGAUGCCUCUGAGUCAGCACUGUUGAAAUGCAUUGAGCUCUGCUGCGGCUCUGUGAAUGAGAUGAGAGACAGAUAUGCUAAGAUUGUCGAGAUUCCGUUCAACUCCACUAACAAGUAUCAGUUGUCCAUUCAUAAGAACCCCAACACGAAUGAGCCACGACACUUGUUGGUGAUGAAGGGUGCUCCUGAAAGGAUCCUGGACCGCUGCAGCUCCAUCCUCCUCCAUGGCAAGGAACAGCCCCUGGACGAGGAGCUGAAGGAUGCAUUUCAGAAUGCCUAUCUGGAGCUGGGUGGCCUUGGAGAGCGAGUGCUGGGUUUCUGCCACCUUCUUCUGCCAGAUGAACAGUUUCCCGAAGGGUUCCAGUUUGACACUGAUGAAGUGAAUUUCCCCCUGGAUAACCUCUGCUUUGUUGGACUCAUCUCCAUGAUCGACCCCCCUCGAGCGGCCGUUCCUGAUGCCGUGGGCAAAUGUCGAAGCGCUGGAAUUAAGGUCAUCAUGGUCACGGGCGACCAUCCAAUCACAGCGAAAGCCAUUGCCAAAGGUGUGGGCAUCAUCUCAGAGGGCAAUGAGACUGUAGAAGACAUUGCUGCCCGCCUCAACAUCCCAGUGAGCCAGGUGAACCCGAGAGAUGCCAAGGCCUGUGUCUUACACGGCAGUGAUCUGAAGGACAUGACCUCAGAGCAACUGGAUGACAUUUUGAAGCACCACACUGAGAUUGUGUUUGCCAGAACAUCCCCUCAGCAGAAGCUUAUCAUUGUGGAAGGCUGCCAGAGACAGGGUGCUAUUGUAGCCGUGACUGGUGAUGGUGUCAAUGACUCUCCAGCUUUGAAGAAAGCAGACAUUGGGGUUGCUAUGGGGAUUGCUGGCUCUGAUGUGUCUAAACAAGCUGCUGACAUGAUUCUUUUGGAUGACAACUUUGCCUCAAUUGUGACUGGAGUAGAAGAAGGUCGUCUGAUCUUUGAUAACUUGAAGAAAUCCAUUGCCUAUACCCUAACUAGUAACAUUCCAGAGAUCACCCCCUUCCUGAUAUUUAUUAUUGCAAACAUUCCACUACCACUGGGGACCGUCACAAUCCUCUGCAUUGAUUUAGGUACUGACAUGGUCCCUGCCAUCUCACUGGCAUAUGAGCAAGCUGAGAGUGACAUCAUGAAGAGACAACCCAGAAACCCCAAAACUGACAAGCUCGUGAAUGAGCGGUUGAUCAGCAUGGCCUAUGGACAGAUUGGUAUGAUCCAGGCCCUGGGGGGCUUCUUCACUUACUUUGUGAUUCUGGCUGAGAAUGGCUUCCUUCCAAUUCACCUGUUGGGCCUCCGUGUGGACUGGGAUGACCGCUGGAUCAAUGAUAUGGAAGACAGCUACGGGCAGCAAUGGACCUACGAGCAGAGGAAAAUCGUGGAGUUCACCUGCCACACAGCCUUCUUCGUCAGUAUUGUGGUGGUGCAGUGGGCUGACUUGAUCAUCGGGAAGGUGCCAGCCCUCCUCAGCUCGCAGAAGCCCAGGCAUGCUUUAUUCUUGUUAUGUGCACCCAAA